GUGAUUCUUUCGGUCAGUGUCGAUACGAUCGCCGCAGUUGUUCCGAGUUACGGUGCGAGCGUUCCGUCCAAUUUUUUGGGAGUGUCACCCGAGCCACCAGGAGUCUCACCCGCUCGUCCAAGUUGGUUGUUGUUGGUUUUACUUGGUGUAAACCUCGAAUACCUCACCCGGAGAAAACAUGUUCAAGUACGCGGUAAUCGCAACGCUCCUCGCCUCGUGCACCUUCGCCGCGCCGGCCACCCAGGAUCCGGCCGCCCAGCCUUCGAUCCUCGAAGAGGCCCUGGACGUCUACGCCUCGUGCUCCGGCGAGGACCUCGCGGUGUGCUUGAAGCUGAAGGCGUUGCGCUUCGUCGACAGGGCCGCCCGGUCCGCGGACAUCGACGUCUUCGACGGCUUCAAGAUCGUGCAGACCGAGGAGGCCAAGGACAGCCGUGCCGAUAACGCCAGAUCCUUGAACGACAUCGAAAGUACCCUCCCCGCCGAGGUCGAGGCCAAGGAAGCAGCCAUUAACGAGGCCCUUUUCGACAGGACCGCCAAGUUCCUCUCCACCCACACCGUCGAGCUCAGCAUUCCCGAAGAGGUCUCUCGCUCCUUCGACGAAGCCCGCGGCAAGAAGAAGAAGAUCGUCAAGUCCCUGCUGCCGAUCCUGCUGCUCCUGAAACUGAAGGCCGCCGCACUCAUCCCGAUCGCCCUCGGUGCCCUGGCUCUGCUCGCCCUGAAAGCACUGGCCAUCGGCAAGAUCGCGUUGAUCAUCAGCGCCAUCAUCGGGCUGCAGAAGCUAUUCGCGAACAAGCACCAGAGCUACGAGGUGGUCGCCCAUCCGGUCCACUCCUACGGCCACGAAGAACACCACGAUCACCACGGCUGGGCAAGAUCGGCUGGCUCCGAUCUGGCGUACAAAGCGUACAAGCCAUCCGAGUAACUCCGUCGGCUGGCCUAGCAUCAUCCAACCACGCUCACACAUUCGCUACCUUCGUUCGCCAAAGUGAUCGUCCUUAGUCGCUGGCGAUCACCCACCGGGGCUGCGCGUCUCGAUCCCUCGAGGACUUUAUCAUACGUGUCGCACCGUGUGCAAACCGACGGACGAUCCAACGAUCGAUCCUACACGAUCACCCACGACCUGGACCGGGACUUGUUUAGUUGUUUAAGACGAUUACACGCCGGCAUAUUACGUGACCAGUGACCGAACGUGACGGACCUUCAACUGUGACGAUCGACGACGCGACGCAUUUAGCUUGGACGGUUCUUCCGGUGGACCCGGCACUAGCCGGCCACCACGGUGACAGAUCGGACGGAUUCCUUAUUGUCGAGGAACAGUGUAAUGGUGGUAGCCGCGCACCCCCGUAACAACCCCCUAGUGCGGUAUCCCUUCAGGGGUCGACGCUUCGGAGCGAUCUCACUCGGAGAUCCCGGGCCGAACGCGUUCGGACUCGUAGUCAGUACCUGCACCAGGUCCACCAGAUUUAAUUCCAAUGAUUAUUUAUAUACCGUCCCGAGCCGGGGCUGCCAUGUAACUUAUCGCAUUAUUUAUAAAUAAAUCUUAAUUUUAUACAA